AUGGGAACUAUUUUCAAGGACCAACCUCGUGGCCUACUUAGCCUCCCAGUGGAACUUCUCAACGACAUAGUUAGCGAGAUCGUCGGCGAUGAAAACCCAGGGACAUUGGAUUACGAAUGGAUUUGCGGUCAAUUGAAGAAUAUGCGAUUGACGCAUGAACGUUUCUACAAUCUCGACUCUCUCAACGCCGUUCUAUUUACACAUAUCCAAGUGGAGGCAACUCCCGAAGGCUUGACCAGCUAUCAAGGCGCUGAUCUAUCUCGCGUGGCCCGGUUCGUGGAAAUAGUCACCUUCGUUGCGCCACCAAGCUGGAUGCUGCUGCGCGAGACAUUUGAACAAAUCGCCAUCGGUCCGUCAUUAGUUGAACAACCCAAAAUCAUAGAGACAGAAGUGGAGAGUAGGUAUACCGCCUAUAUGAACACCGCCAGAGAAGCGCAGCUACUCCUCGAAGAAAGCGAGAACUUCCAGGACGUAUGGACCCAGGUACUAAAGACCUUGGGAGAAGGCCUGCAGGUGAUCAAAAUAACGAGCAAAGAAUGCUCCAUGUCAGAUCUACCAGGCGGGCUCCCUUCUCAUUGCCACACCUUCAAGAGUCAUGAGUAUGGCUGUCAUUGCGCUGCCGCCGUAUCAGGCGAUCGACUUUUCACGACAGUCAUGUCGUCCUUGGCGGCUUCCAGGGUUGCUGUGCCCAAAUUGGAUAUCAACGUGCUUAUGACAGGCAACGUCAAGUGCACAGAGAUCCCGGGCUGGGAUGACAUAUAUCUCAGUGAGUUGGAGACGCUUACGCUAAGACUCCGAAUACCAACCAGGGAAGUCAACUGGUUUAUUGAGGACAGCGUGCUGGAGGCUUUCCCAUCUCAUACUUUCGAGAUAGCGGAGAGAGGGUCAUCAGCUAUGGUUCAAAAUCUGGUGGACAAAUGCCGUGACAACUUGUUAUACCUUGACCUCUGGGGAGGCGGCGCCAUCAGUUGGCCUACCCAGCAUUUGACCUAUGACCUGUCAGCUCUCAAGCACGUUACUUACUCGGUCGAUACUGUCCGCCCAGCUUUACUAGCGGAUGCUGUGACCCGGAUGCCUUCAUUGCGUCGGUUUGAGACAGCUUGCGUGAAACCCUCAAAAGGGUGCUCUUACGCAGACUGGCAUCAUGUCUUUGAUGCCAUUCGCGACCAUCCGAAUGUCUCUGGGUCAGAGCCUCAGGGCCUUUAUCUAAACAUCCAUCGUAUGAGAACAGGCGCCCAACUACAACUCUCAUAUGAGGCUCUUGUAUGCCACGACAGCAGUAUCGCUACGGAAAGACAUGAACCAGGGGCUCAGGAAACGACCGAGUGUGAUCACUUGGCAGAUGAGGGAUUCGUGCUUGAGAAGCACUUGUAUGGCGAAACUCCUUUUUCCAGAAAUUAUAGAUUGCGGUACAUGCUGGAUGAUUGGGCUCCAGGUAUGAUCGUAGAGGAGACCGAUCCGCACACUGAGUUAGAUGCAAGGGGCGAGGCGGGUAUGGAGCAAGAGACUAAUUAG